CCGGUGAUCGCUAACACAGAGCAGGGCUGCAUUGUUUACACACAGCCCUGUUCUGUCACCGCGAUCCGGUGCCCGCUGUGUCCUCCGGACACAGUGAAACACCGAUCGUCGGACGGAACCUCUGUACGAGGUCCCGAUCAUGUGAUCACUGAUUGGCCAAUCAGUGAUCACAUGCAAAGUAGUAAGCAAGAUGUCACUUGUGACAUCAUUGCUUACUACGUGUGAAAUCUGUGAAUGAUCACAGAGGUCACAUGGUACAAGGCUAUUCACAACAGCCUUGUACCAUGUGACAAGCUGUGACCAAUCACAGCUCACUCAGUA